GUAAUAUACAUAAUGACAUAAUGUGAAACGUAACAUGAAGUAUUGUGUAGGCCAUCCAAGAUGGCAGGUUGUGGACAUGGUCGAUGUGAACAUGACCACACUCAUGGUAUCGGGGAAGAAAAAGGAUUUGAGUAUUCAUUGUAUAAAAAAAUAGAUUUCACCCACCUUGAAGUUCUGAACGAAGCUGAAGAAGGCUCUGGUAAAUCUGUCUUUAAACCAUGGGAAGAAAGACUCGAUUCUAACAAGUUUGUUGAAAGUGACGUGGAUCAGGAGCUGCUAUUUAAUAUACCGUUCACUGGUAAUGUGAAAUUAAAGGGGGUUAUUCUAGUCGGUGGGGAAGGUGAUUUUCAUCCUAGAGUUAUGAAACUUUUCAAAAACAAACCACAUAUGACAUUUGAUGAGACAGAAAUUGAGCCGGAUCAAGUGUUUGAACUAGUAGAAGACUUGAAUGGCACAGUAGAGUACAAUACAAAAGUGCCACGAUUUUCCAGUGUGCAAUGUUUAUCAAUAUAUUUUCCAAGUAAUUUUGGAGCAGAGACAACCAAAGUUACAUACAUUGGGCUUAGAGGAGAAUUUCAAGAGGCUCGACGGCACGAGGUGACCAUCUGUAAUUACGAAGCCAGAGCAAAUCCUGCAGAUCAUAAGACAAACUUUUUAGACACGGUCAACCAUGCAGUAUCAUGAUAUGUGCUGUGCAUUGGUGAACAUUGUUCACUGACAGUACGAA